AAAUAAGAGAUUCUAACUUGUUAAAAGUUUGCUUUAAAAAAUUAAUCUAUUAAUUUAUAAAAAACCAUUGAUAUAUUUACCAUACUUAUUUUAUUUUUUAUAUAUAUUUAUGCUUGAGAGUAAUUUAUUAUUUGUAUUAUAAUGAAUUAUUUUAUGAAAAUUUAUGUCUAAUGAUUUUACUUACAUUAUAACAUUAUUAUUAAUAAAUUUCUUUUAUGAAAUUCAGAUAUGAAACUUUUUAGUAUUAAAACAUUAUUAAACAUUUAGUUAACUGUUGACGAAGGGGCUUUCAAAAUUUAUAAAUUUGUUGUAUACUGAAUUAUAAAUUAAAAGAUAGUAUUUUGCUAGGACCUGUCAAUAGUGACUAUUUACUAACCACCGCCUCUAAAAAAACAGAAAUAUAAAACGCAAAACGAUCACGGCUUGGUCUAAGUAACAUUCUAUCUUUGUCCAGCUCUCUCUCACACGAAGAAAACCUAGAAAGAAAGAAAGAAGAGAAACCAUGGCAGGAGUUGGACCGAUGACUCAGGACUGGGAACCGGUGGUUAUCCGUAAGAGAGCUCCCAACGCUGCCGCCAAGCGCGACGAGAAGACUGUCAACGCUGCUCGGAGAAGCGGCGCCGAUAUCGAAUCCGUCAGAAAAUUCAAUGCUGGAACCAACAAAGCGGCUUAGAGCAGCACCUCCUUGAACACAAAGAGGCUCGAUGAUGAUACUGAGAACUUAGCUCAUGAACGUGUGCCUACUGAGUUGAAGAAAGCCAUCAUGCAAGCCCGAGGGGAGAAGAAGCUGACUCAGUCCCAACUCGCUCAACUGAUCAAUGAGAAGCCACAAGUGAUCCAAGAAUACGAGUCUGGCAAAGCAAUCCCGAACCAGCAGAUCCUUUCUAAGCUGGAGAGGGCACUCGCAGCUAAACUCCGUGGAAAGAAGUAAUAACAAAACCUCCUUCACAGUUCAAAAACUGAGAAAGCAAAUCACGGGUUCUGUCUCUAGUUCAUAAACCCUCUAUAUAUAUAUUCUUACUGCUUUGAUGGUUUAGUAUCGCUCUGCGAUGAAAUCUUUUAUGGUGUAAGAACGAAACAAAAGCUGUUAUGGAACCAUUCGUCAUUAUAAAUAAUCCCCUUGUUCU